AUGGAACGAGAAUCGGCCCCAUGGAAAAAUUUACUUAACAUUCUCGAUCGAGUUUCGUUAAGGGAAUACACGUCAAGAAUAGUUAAAAAAUUAAGUAAAAAGGGUAGAUUAUUAAAAAUGGGCAAUAGGAUUAUUUGGAGGAAGAAUUUUGAAAGUAAUAAUAGAUAUGUGAUCACUGACUCGAAUAGUGAUGAUGGAUUAGUUUCGGAUUUUAUUACAUAUUCUGAAAUUAUUGAAAAGCUUAAUGAGAGGAUUGUUGAUUUUGAUGAUAUUGAAAUUAUCGAAGAGAUUGAUAUUUGCGAAUUAGAAGGUGGUGAGUCAAGUGGGUCUAAAAAAAGAGAUUAUGAGAAUGAUAAUAAUUUUAACUUAAAGAGAUGGAAGAUUUCUGAUGCAACUCAUGGGAAGAUUGUUUUGAUUAUUUUUGAUCAAACUCAAACGAUAAAUGUAACAUUUAAUGAUGGUGAAGUUCGAGCCAUAAAAAUUGAUGCACCGGGUGCGGUUCUUUUGAAAGAGGAUGUUUUUUUUCAGAUAUCAAGAAAACUUACCAUCUCAAAUAAAGAUAAUCCCAUAAAUGUUGAUAAUGAUACCACAUCAACUGAGGAUGAGCUUGUCGAUGAUAUUCAU